AAACUUUUGAAAAAACAUAUUUUAAAUCAUGAAUAAUAACACAUAACAUAGCAGUAUCCUAAAAGCCACAAUGUACAUGUGUCGAAGUUUAGCACAACAGCAGAAAACAUUUCCAUGUCAUAGCAGGUGAAGUCCCAGAGCACACCCACCUAUUACACUAUAUAGUAAUCAUUACAGUUAUUGACCUUGAAGUAUUUAGUAUAAAUCGUUCUAAUUCUUUGAAAAUGGUGAAUCCACGAAUCCAACUACAACGAUAAUAAUGCAGAAGAUCAAUAUAAUUGGAAGCACUUUCAGAACUUUUUACUUUUUUCUAGCUGAUUAGCAAUAAGAACAUUGAUCUAAAGGAAAUUUUUUCAUAACAUCUUUUUUUGUUUUGUUCUAAAUGUUUAAUUCUUCAGUGGAUAGCAAUAACCAGCUGACUCCAGGCAUGGGAAUCCAUCAUGAGAUAAACUAAACCCCUUUGACUCACAUAUUGUCCACGGUUUGGGUUUAAUCUACAGGGGAAACUACUAUGAUGCAAAGGAAGUGUUGUGUCAUUUGGUUAAACUGUGCUGCUUCCUUUUCCCUUUUUUGUCAUUCCUUGAGUUGGGGGCAAACUAAGUGUUUUCAGAACAAGGGUACGGCAAACGAAAAUAACUACUACUUUGAACCUCAAAUACUUUUAUUUGUUUGUUCCUGUUGAACGGGACCCAAGGAACCAUUGAAGUUAUUGAAUGGAAACUGUACUGUAAAUGGAGCAUGGUGGCUUGCAAGGACAUCUAUUGUGUACUUUCGGUGGACUUCUGACUUCUUAGGCCGUUGGGUUUGAGGUAAAGAAGACAUCACGCUGUAGCAAUGCUAAAUUGACGCCAGCAUUGUAUCUAGAAGUGCUCAAGACCUCUAAUUUCAGUAACCAUCUAGUGCCACAUUCAAAGACUCAGCGUAAAUUCCAGCGAAGCUGACCAUGAGAGCGGAGUGUUUAUUAUUGGCAUUGCAAUGCCUGUUGGGAUUCGUGCACUUUUGCGGAGCAUUGUCAACAUGCAGUCCUUUAGACCUGGAACUAAUAAAGAGAAAGCGCAUCGAAGCCAUUCGAGGACAGAUUCUCAGUAAGCUACGACUGUCUAAGGAACCAGAAAUUAGUGAGGAAGAGGUGAUAGACAUCAUCCCAGCAGAACUCAUCUCGGUAUACAACAGCACUGUGGAGCUAAAUGAGGAGCAGGCGGCGAAUCCUGUACACCAGCCUAUAGAAGAUCCUGUAGAGGAGGAAUACUAUGCUAAGGAAGUUCACAAGUUCACCAUGUUACCAUCAUCAUUGGAGGAAACCCCAGUCAAGCUUCGGUUCAACAUCACAGAUAUAAGCCACAAAUUGGGUUUUAACCACACAGUCUCCCAGGUGGAGCUCCGUAUGCAAAUCAAGGAUGUUUCAAUAGAUCCUGGUUCAGAGCAGAGACUGGAGCUUUAUCAGGUCACUAGGAACAUAUCACGCUACCUGGAAUCACGUUUCAUUUCCAGUCAAAUGUCUGAGAAGUGGCUGUCGUUUGAUGUCACACAGACCUUGAAGGACUGGCUGCAGAGGAAUGAGGCAGAGCAAGAAUUUCAAUUGAAGAUGGCUGAUAGUUGUAAUCCUCAGAAGCAGUUUCCAUUCAGAAUAAAAGGUUUGUUUCGUCUAAGAGGUGAUAAAGGCCCCUUAGCAGAAAAUAUGCCUAAGCCUCACAUUUUGGUAAUGUCACUUCCUCUUGAUGGCCAAGGCUCAUCAAAAUCUCGCAGAAAACGUCAAACAGAAACAGAUCGAGUUUGUACUGAUAAGUCUGAGGGCUGCUGUGUGAGGAGUCUGUACAUUGACUUCCGCAAAGACCUGGGCUGGAAGUGGAUACAUGAACCUUCUGGUUAUUAUGCCAACUAUUGCACUGGCUCUUGCUCUUUCGUAUGGGCUUCAGAAAAUAAGUACUCACAGGUUCUUGCGCUGUAUAGGCAUCACAAUCCUGGUGCAUCUGCUCAACCCUGCUGUGUACCGCAGGUUCUAGACCCACUGCCCAUCGUUUAUUAUGUGGGCCGCCAACAUAAGGUAGAACAGCUGUCAAAUAUGAUUGUGAAGACCUGCAAGUGUUGCUAAAGGCUCUGUCACCAUUCGGUCCCGAUGAGCAAAAUCAAGAGAGGAAUAUCUUGAGGCAAUUGUAACGCAGUAUUUUUUGAAGGGAAAACAUUUUAUUCCUUGUUCCUUUUAUUUUAUUUGACUCCAGUCACACUUAGAUGUAUUGAUUGUUUUAUAUUGUUGUACAUUUAUGUUGUGUAUAACACUCUACAUAUGCUGUUCAUGUUGUCAUAAAAGUGGUCAUAUUCAUUGUUUGAUAUUAAGGUGCCCAAAAUGUUUUGCUACUAUUUUUUAGCAGAAAAUCAAAUUGUGACUUAAAAUGUUCAUCACAGUUCAGAUGUAGAUUAUUCUGUCUCUUUUGUCAGAAACAACUGACUAUUGGACAUAUGUGUACUGUGCAGAAUGUAUUCAAUGGAAUAUAACAAUUGCCUUUUGAUAUCUGUACUUCUAGGUCAACAAGCAUUGCUUACUUAUUACUUAAUUAUGCUGUUGAUAUUGAAAAUAUAAUUUUUUAAACACGUGCUUGAAGAAAUUAUUUUAAAUUAUUUUUUUGUAAUUAAUCCAUCUGAAAUCACAGAAUACACUCUUUUAAUACCAUGAUGUUAGCUCCAGAAUUUAGCACUGUUGCAACAAUGUAGUUCAGAGUUUUGCAAGUCUGUGCUGUUGUUGUCAUUUUAUUGUGGUAUACCAUAUUUGUGAUCACCACUGAUGGUUUUUUAGUGCAUGUUGCUCUGUUUUUUUUUUUUUCCAGAAUCCACAUUUGUUACAGGUGUUCAGGAAAGACAUUUCCUGUCUGCUAUUUUGUUGUGGCUUCAGAGCUGACAAGGCUUUUUCUUGUUUAUUUUUAUAAACGAUGUGAAUUUAAAGUUUCUUCACCGCAUUUUAUGUCAUUUAUUUUACUUUUGCUAAAAAUAUAACAGAAUUAGAGACAGCUAAUUCUGUAGAAUUAUGUUUAUCUACCGAUUUCUUGUUUACAUUGUAUAUCUCCUUGGCCUCAGAAACUAUACAGCCAUUCCUGAUUAAAGUGGGCUACCAACACAGGCAUGGACACAGACAAAUACAUUUGUAUAUAUCAGUAAAAACGCUCAACAGACUUUAAACGUGGUACCAGCAUACUUUAAUAAAAUUAAUAAUAAAAUUAAUUAUAAAUGAACAACCAAUACAACAGAAGCUGUACCUAGAUAUUCCAUAGAUUUUUGUCCUAUGCUUCCAUCUAGUGGAGCAACUGAGAUGACGCUAUUUUAGUAUUAUUUGCACUUUCCCACAAACGAAUGUAGAUGAAUACUCGUUCUUCGACAUGUUUCUAAAGUUAUUAGAUGUUUAUUGAUAAAAUAUAUUCUGACAUUCAGAUCUUUUAACGUGGAAUCUCAGUUCCAAUAAUUAUACUUGCAAGGGAUUGUGUUUUAUGGCUUUCCAGCCCUCAUGUUAAUUUACAAAUAUCUAUGGCGCCUUCUACUGGAUAGAAAUUUACUAUUUGUUAUUUUAAUGUCACUAAACGAAUACAAUCUAACUAUUAAAAAAAA